CCGGCAACCAUUCAAGCCAUACCACUCCGCAGCUCUGAUCCACUCCGGCUCUCUUCAUCUCUUCCCAUCUCCCUCCCUCUCCUCCACUUCUCCUCUCCCCCCGGCCUAUUGCUGGGCUUACCCACCCUCGGCCCAGCAACCUCGCUUUUCUCGACCCGCUGGACCGACACCGCAACCCCAAGUCGAGUGACUACCAUGUCCCUGCCCCUUCUCGAUCCACGCUCCCGCGUCCGCGGUUCACGAGACCUCGCAUGGGCUGAUCCUGGGACCAACGAACACUCACGGCGUCAAGUCGACCCGCCCGCCAGCGGGGAUACCACCCUCCCAACCGCUGCCGAGCUGUUCGUGCCCUCCCUUCCAGGCGUGCCCGAUUUGGCUGACCACCCAACUCACCCACUCAACCUGUAUGCUGGCGAGAUUCCGUCCUACCCCGGCCCCAACGCCGGCGGCGGAGAGGGCCCGACCGGCAAGGACGCCCGCAUCUUCUUUAUGAUGGCUAAAGCACGUCGGAGUGCUGGCAAGCAGCGCGUCAUCUUCUGGUUCAACGGAGGCCCCGGAUGCUCCUCUUUCGACGGCUCGCUCAUGGAAGUCGGCCCAUUCCGCACCGUCCCCGCGUCGCAGACCGAGAGCGGGCAAACCGAGAUCAGGCUCGUCGAGGGCGGGUGGGAGGAAUACGCAACCAUGAUUUUCGUUGACCAGCCUCCCGGAACUGGCUUCUCGUAUAUCCCGACAGACGGCUUCCUGCACGAGUUAGACGAGGCGAGUGCUCACCUCGUACACUUCAUGGCCAAUCUGUACAAGGUCUUUCCUGAGCUUGAAGGUCAGGAGACAUACCUCGCUGGUGAAAGCUUUGCGGGGCAGUACAUUCCGUAUUUUGCCGAUGCGCUCCUCAAGACCGACAAGCUUCCCAAGCUCGACCUCAAGGGUAUCGCGAUCGGGAACGGAUGGAUUGAUCCUCUGCGACAAUAUCCAGCAUACCAGGAGUUUGCGUACAAGAAGGAACUCAUCACAAAGGGCUCCGCGGCCGGCAAGGAGCUCGACGCCGCGAUGGAGAAAUGCAACAAGUCAUUGGAAGAGUACACCGACCCUCUGAAGACGCCUAUCAAUAUCGACGCGUGCGAGGGGGUCAUGCACAAGGUGACAAAGCCGUUUGUCAAAGAAUUGAACGGCAAGAAGGUCUGCAUGAACAUUUACGAUGUUCGCAAAACGGACGACUACCCCAAGUGUGGGAUGGGGUGGCCGCCUGACCUCGAAGACGUCUACUCGUUCCUGCGACGCCCAGACGUUGUUAAAGCGCUGCACGCUACUAUGCACGAGACGGCAUGGGUAGAGUGUAACGGGCGUGUAGGCAACGAAUUACACAACCGCCGCAGUCCGGCCUCUGUGCAUCUGCUCCCUGGCCUCCUUGAGGCUGGGCUCAAGGUGUUGAUGUUUGCAGGUGCCGAGGACCUGAUCUGUAACAACGUCGGCGUCGAGAACAUGAUCGACGCCAUGACUUGGUCGGGCGGCACUGGCUUCGGGAACGCAACAGCGCUGCCAUGGAGCGUGAACGGCACCCAUGCUGGCGAGUGGACCGAGGUGCGCAACCUGACCUACGCAAAAGUGGUGGAAGCGAGCCACAUGGUGGGUUUUGAUGUGCCACACGUCACGAACGAUAUGAUCCUUCGCUUCAUGGACGUCGACUUCAACCUUCUCCCAGGUGUGACAGGAGGCUGGAGUUCGAAAGUUGGCGACGACGAGCGACAGGCCGUCCACUUUGGCACGAUCAAGGAGGACGCGGGCUUGCCGCUGCUCAAGGGCGGUAGCGGUGACUGGGAGGCGUGGUACAACGCCGUCUCGGCCGUCGUCAUCCUGUGCAUCCUAGGUGGCAUCGUGGGUUGCUACUUCUACUUCCGUCGCCGCCGAUUGCGCCGCCAGGGCCGCGUCGCUUUGGGUCUGCCAUCUCAGCGCGACUCGGAAGAGCGCGUUCCGUUGGCUGCGGAAGACUUUGAAAUGCACGACACCUACCCCCCGCGCCGGGAUAAGGGCAAGGGGCGGGCAGUCGAGCGGGUGAGUGAGGAGAGCGAGCACAGGGGACCAAGCGUCUUUGCGCUCGGCGACGAGGAUGGGGAUGGCAAGGAGAGGUAGCCGCUUAGCAGCGGGUUAGACACGCGGGAGCAUAGAGAGUAGCAUAGUAGUGUAGAGCUGUAGAGUUGUGCAAUUGUUGAGUUGAGCAUUUGUCGGAACACGUUCGUAAACGUUGAGCGCUCCCGCUGGGGUCGCGCGAUCGGGGCCGACU